AAUUAAAUGGGUGAUUAGCUGGCUGCUGAGUGCUGUGUGUAUAAAUAAGAGGUGCUGCACAGCUUUUAGGCAGGGGUCUGUCUUUACAUGCACCUUUUAGAGCUAGCAAAAUGAGGUUUUGCUACAGCUUGGCUUUGCCAAUAUUAUUGGCUCUGUUUAUAAUUCAAACAGAACAGAGUGUGUAUAAUGAGACUGGUUUGAGAGGUAAGAAGUUGGGAGGAGGUGGUACAUGCAAUUUGUUUCAAGGGAGAUGGGUUGUUGAUUCUUCCUACCCUCUUUACCAAUCUUCAAGUUGUCCUUUUAUAGACCCUGAAUUUGAUUGCAUUAAGUAUGGCCGUCCUGAUAAACAGUACCUCAAGUAUUCUUGGCAGCCUGACUCUUGUAAUUUGCCCAGGUUUAAUGGGCUAGAUUUCCUGAAGAGAUGGAGGGGAAAGAAGAUAAUGUUUGUGGGUGACUCAUUGAGUCUGAACGAGUGGCAAUCCUUGUGCUGUAUGGUUCAUGAGUGGGUGCCAAAUUCAAGAACCAAAUAUGUUAGAACCAAUUUGAUUUCAUCAGUAACCUUUGAGGACUAUGGAGUAUCAAUAAUGCUAUAUCAUUCAGUUUACUUAGUUGACAUGGUGCGAGAAAGUAUAGGGACUGUUUUGAAAUUGGAUUCAAUUAUGGGAGGAAAUGCAUGGAGAGAUGCAGAUAUGCUAAUAUUCAACACAUGGCACUGGUGGACUCACACAGGAAAUUCUCAACCAUGGGACUAUGUGCAAGAUGGAACCACCGUGAAGAAAGACAUGGACCGCUUAACAGCAUUUUACAAAGGACUAAGCACAUGGGCUAGAUGGGUUGAUACGAACAUUGACCCUUCUAAAACCAAAGUGUUCUUUCAAGGGAUUUCUCCAACACAUUAUCAGGGUAGGGAAUGGAGUUCGGCUUCAAAAAGUUGCUAUGGGGAGCUAGGGCCGCUAACAGGUUCAACAUACCCAGCAGGAGAACCUUCAGCUUCUCUUGUUUUGAAGAAAGUACUGAGUUCAAUGAAGAAAAAAGUUUACCUACUCGACAUAACAACACUUUCUCAGCUAAGGAAAGAUGGUCAUCCUUCGGCUUAUAGUGGUGAUCAUUCUGGAGUUGAUUGCAGCCAUUGGUGCCUUCCUGGAUUGCCUGAUACUUGGAAUCAACUUCUAUAUGCAGCUCUGGUGAUGUGAACAUACAGACAGAUAUAUGAAAAGAAAAGUAUAGAUUGUUCGGUUUCCAUUUCAAUAUAAGAUUUUACUUGUAUCAUAUUACCGCCAUUAAUUGUGUAAUUAUGGGUCUGGAAGAUAUAUGAUUGGCUGUGGCUGCCGCGGCAGAAUAGGGAAAGAAGAAUCAACUGUAAAGUUACUAAUCAAGCACAUCUGAUUGCCCUGAAAUGAAAUAAAAAUAGACUUUGAUUUCUAA